AUGGAUAUGGAGGAUUGCUCGCACCACCGUCAACUACUAGCGGCGGCAGCUCCUGCGAGCUCUUUCGUUACCGGGAGUUCAGCCGAUGCCACCGACAGCAAUGCAGCGGCCCGUAUGCUGCCGUUCGCGACGGUGCCGCUCGAAGCCGUAUACGCCGUCGCGCGGGAGGAGCUCGGCCGGGGGGAGUUCGGCGUGGUCCGGACGUGCAUGCAGCGCGCGACGGGGCAGCUUCUAGCGUGCAAGUCCGUCGACAAGGCGCGGCUACGCGAGGGCAACCGCGCGGGCGACCUGGAAAUGGAGCUCCUCUGCAUGGGCGCGCUUCCGCCGCAUCCGCAUGUGGUGCAGCUCGCGAGCGUGCACGAGGACGCGUGCGACGUGCAUCUCGUCAUGGACCUGUGCGACGGUGGCGAUUUGUUUGACCUUGUCGCCAAGGCUGGGCGACUGCCCGAGGCGUUCGCGGCAGACGUGUUUCGCCAGGUGGUGGAAGCGGUCGCGUUUUGCCACUCGCACGGCGUGCUGCACCUGGACGUGAAGCCGGAGAACAUCCUCGUUUGUAACAACGCACCUGGUACCUAUAACGGGUCCAGCCGCUGCGGCUGCGCGGCGCCUUCGAUACACGUGAAACUGGCCGAUUUCGGACAGGCAAUAAUGCUCUCUCCAGGGCAGAAGGCAGUGGGGCUGGCAGGCUCGUCUUUCUACAUGGCCCCUGAAGUCGUGUGCGGGCGUGCAUACGACAGCAGCGCAGACCUGUGGAGUCUGGGCGUGCUACUCUACGUGUUGCUGGCAGGAUACGUGCCAUUUUAUGGGUCCGACCUCCCCCAGGUGUUCCUUGCUAUCUGCGCCAACGAGCCUGACAUGACAGCUGAGCCUUGGUCUGCGAUAUCGCCGGAGGCGAAGCACCUUGUGCGCUGCUUGCUCUCAGUGGACCCUGCGAGCCGUCCCUCGGCGCUUCACCUGCUCUCUCACCCGUGGCUGGCACGCACUCAACGGGUAGAAGUUGCUGCUUCUACCAAGUCACCACCGCCUCCUCUGCUUGCUGCAGAGGAGGCGUCGUUCCUGUCAGGCCGCACCACACAGCUGACAUCCACCACUGACUCUCAGGUUGCUAUUACCCGUGGCCCUAUGGCUCCUCCAAGUGGUAUUUUUCACUUUGCAGCUAUUGAGGAGUCGGCAGGGCGUGCUUCUAGUGGUAGUACUGGGCAGAGACGGAGGAGGCGAUGCCAUGAAGCUGGUGGUGACCUUAGAAGAUGCUGA